CCGCCAUUUUUACCUGCCCGCAGGUAACUCGUCCUCAGGUGUGUGCGUGUGUCAGUGUGCGUGAUUUUCGGAAUAUAUUUUAUUUUUAAAACCCUAACAAAGUACACUUAACCCAUCCCUUCAGCUAGUGCCUUAAGCUCUUAUUAUUUUCAACUGUUCUGUUUUUCUUCGGCAUUUCCCAGAAUUUGUUUUACCUUUGCGCAGGAGUUUUUCCUCACUCAGAAGCAGUAAGGGCAGAAAGAACGCUGAGAAGACAAGUGUGUUUUAGGGCGACAAAAAUAUUGGAAAAUGCUUUAGGCAUCAGCGUAUAUUUCAUAAGAUAUGACAGAGGAUGACUGCCUGCGGCUUCCUCGUCGCUACCUCCGGCCUCCAGAACGCCGGCCUAGGCUCAGACGAGACGGAUAUAGUCCUUCUGGGAUAUGCUCUUGUCGACAUGACAAGGAAUCAAGUACUAGGGAUACAAGAAUAUGUGAUAAAACCACUAUCAGCAGAUAUUAAUGCCAAUUUCCUCUCUGACGAAGUUCAGGUGGAAACUAGACUCACAGAAGCAGCAAUUAGGACUUCUGGAGUAACACUUUCGAAGGCCCUAAGCUUGUUUGAGGGAUAUUGUUCUGGUCUUGGCGUUUCACCUUAUUCUUUGACUUUGGUCACAGAUGGUCAACUUCCUUUAAGACAAUGUUUGCAUCCUGAGGCAGCGAACAAAGAUAUUACUCUACCUUUAUAUUAUAACCAGUUUGCAGAUCUGAGGAAAGAAGUACCAUCAAUGUAUGCUUCUGACUCUGUCUUCACAAACAUAGCAGACAUAUUGACCUUUCUAGACAUCCCAAAUUCAGAAGAUACCAGCUUCUUUUCUAAGGAAUUAAGGGACAUGGUCAAUAUUAUCCAAAGGGUAAUAUCAGAUGGUCAUAAGUUCACUGCUAACGAAUCUAUCCAGCUCUAUCUUGAACCUGGAAUCUGCUCAAGAGAUGAAGAAGUUGAUUCAAACUGCGUAGUUCGAGCAAGAGGUCUCCCGUGGCAGUCUAGUGAUCAGGAUAUAGCUCGUUUCUUCAGGGGCCUCAACGUAGCCAAAGGUGGCGUUGCUUUGUGCCUGAGUCCUAUGGGAAGGCGUAACGGUGAAGCACUAGUGAGAUUUACUUGUGGAGAACAUAGAGAAAUGGCUCUGAAAAGACAUAAACACCAUAUUGGUUCAAGAUAUAUUGAAGUCUAUAGAGCUACUGGUGAAGAUUUUGUAAAUGUUGCUGGAGGUUCCAACAAUGAGGCUCAAGCAUUUCUAACAAGGGGAGCCCAGGUCAUCAUACGAAUGAGGGGACUUCCUUAUGACUGCACUGCCAAACAAGUGAUUGAGUUUUUUGAGGGUGGUGAAAAACCAUGUAGUGUUAUGGGGGCAGAGGAAGGUGUGCUGUUUGUUCGAAAACCAGAUGGCCGCAGUACUGGAGAUGCGUUUGUACUUUUCAAACAGGAAGAUGAUGCACCUAAAGCUCUUUCCCGCCACAGGGAUUCUAUAGGAGUAAGGUAUAUCGAACUGUUUAGGAGUACAACAGCUGAAGUUCAACAGGUAUUGAACAGGACCAUGGAGACCCCUCCUGCUCCACUUCCUCCUCCGAUGAUCACACCUCUACCACAAGUGGCCCUCCUCCCACAACAUAUCAUAACAUCAGGAACAAGGAAAGACUGCAUAAGACUUCGUGGGCUGCCGUAUGAAGCCCAAGUUGAACAUAUCCUUGAAUUCUUAGGCGAACAUGCCAAAAAUAUUCUUUUCCAAGGUGUCCAUAUGGUUUAUAAUAGUCAGGGUCAGCCAAGUGGGGAAGCCUUCAUCCAAAUGGAUUCUGAAGCAUCUGCUGCGGCAGCUGCCAAUCUUCGCCAUAACAGGUACAUGGUUUCCUUUGGCAAAAAACAGCGUUACAUUGAGGUAUGGCAGUGCAGUGGUGAAGAUAUGUCUCUAGUGUUAUCAGGAGUACAAGGUAGUCCUGGACAAGGGGCAGCACCUGUUCCACCACAACCACCACCGCCAGCAGGAGACGGUAUCCGCUGGACAGAUGGUAUAACUGCCAUUGGUCCAUAUAUUGUGCCAAGAAUGCCACCUCCUCCUGUGUUCUAUUGGCCGUAUGCUAGCCCGCCUGUUUCUCCACCACCUGCUGCUCCUCUUCUCAUCAUGUGCGGUGAAUAUCCUAUUGAGGGCUGGGGAUUCGACUGUUUAGGCAAUGUUCAACCCAUUGGCCUCCACACUUCAGCCUGAAUUGGAGAGAAGAGCACCUAGUAGACAAUACUGUUUUGUUUUUAUUUCUUUCCAUGUUAUUAGUUUAAAUUAAUAUUGUUUUGUUUCUCGUUGCUUUGUUGCCUUUAUUUUUUUAUAUAUUUUUUUUUAAUGGAAUCUUAAGACUAGAAAGAAUCGAAUAUUUUUAAAUACGAAUUUUAAUUUAAUUAUUAUUACUGUUCAGUUUCCUGAAUUUUAAAAAUAUUUUCGAUUUUAUCUCCUAUAAAGGUCUCUUUGAUAGUAAAAAUUCUGUUUUACAACAUGUUACACAUAGAAACACACACAUACACAUACACAUGGAUAAAACAUUUCCUUGAUAGUUUUAGUGUUCCACAUUCCUUGUGAUCAUGUUUAGUAGAAACAUAUUAAAUGUAAAACUUUAAACAUUCAAUGAAAGUGAUUGAAUGAUUCAGAUCAUAUAUGUUGUUAUAUUGUGAGUGAAAGCUGCCCUAGUUAUUAGAUUGUAAUAUGCAGAUGUCAAAGAAAACAAACUCAAUUUUAGCUAAAUGAAUUUAUUAUUUUUGUUGAUGAUACCAUUUUUAAGGUAUUUUAUUAAUUAUUAUGUUUUGUUGUUGAAAUUAUUUAGAUUUAUUUGUAGAUGAAUUUAUAAUGUAUUUAUUAUAUAUUUCAAAGACAUAUCAUUUGCACAUUAUUUUAUGUUAGCAAAUAAAAGAAAGAUAACACAAAAAGUGCAAUAAAUAAUAUAUUUAAG